AGGGCAGAGGUGCAGGAACUCAAUCCAGGAGCCAAGACUGCAGCUGAUGAUAAAACCUCCUCACCUGCUCACACCAGGAGGGAGAUAUGGACGGGAGCAUCUGAGAAAACGCCUUCAGGAAAUAAAAAAAGAGGAACAUUUGUGCUUUAAUUUUUCCUGGAUUCAAUUGAUUCAUUUUUUAAAAAUAUCCAAACGUAGCACAAGGAAAAAAACUGCAACCACUGCAUGAAUGGAGCUGAAUUUUACCACAUUCCUAUGAGAGACACUGACAAAUCUGAUGACCUCUUCGUGUGACUUUUUGUUGGGGAUUUUUUCGUUGUUUUUUUUUUUUUAGCACAUUGAAUUAAAAGCAGCACUGCAGAAAGAAAAAGAGGAGAGACGGGAAGAGAGAGGGUGAGGGAGGGGCAGGGGGAGUGAGAAAGAGAGAGUGUGUGUGAGCCGGUGACACCGACAUGUUCAUGCUCAUUCGAGAGCCGUCCACCGGAGGAGGCGGUGCUGCAGCGAUGAGCGGGACAACUGAGAGGAGUGCAAAACAGGUGCAGGCUGCCAUCAAGAAGAAGGUGGAGAAGCAGAAGAAGCGAACCAACGAGCAGGGAGACGGUCAGCCUGCUGCUCCUCAGCCUCCUCGGCAUCAGAAAGCCAGACAAGUAGCCCAGAUGAUUGCAGCGGAGGCAGAUGAGGACAGCGAGGUGCUGGACGAGCAGCUGGAGGAGAUGAUGGAGGGACCACAGAGGAGGGAGAAGGAAAAAGAGAAGGAGGGGGAGGAGGAGAACGUUGACCUGCUGCCUAUAGUGGACUCUGUGUUUGGACAGGACAGAGAGCUGAGACCAGAGGAGAUUGAAGAGCUCCGUGAGGCAUUUGUGGAGUUUGAUAAGAACAAGAAGGGCUACAUCAGUCACAAAGACCUGGGGGAGUGUAUGAGGACCAUGGGAUACAUGCCUACAGAGAUGGAGCUCAUCGAACUGAGCCAACAGAUCUGUGGAGGUAAAGUUGACUUUGAGGACUUUGUGGAGCUGAUGGGACCCAAGAUGCUGGCGGAGACAGCGGACAUGAUCGGAGUCAAAGAACUGAGAGAUGCAUUCAAAGAGUUUGACUCUAACGGUGAUGGUCAGAUCAGUUUGAUGGAGCUGCGUGAGGCCAUGAAGAAGCUGAUGGGAGAACAAGUGACGAACAAAGAGAUAAAUGAGGUCCUCAGAGACAUCGACCUCAAUGGAGACGGUCAGGUGGACUUCGAGGAGUUUGUGCGAAUGAUGUCCCGCUGACUGGCCCAUAUGUCAAACUGUGGGAUAAAACACUACACUGUAGUGAACUUUCUUCAUUUGCUCUGAAGGUCAUGUGUGUAAAUUCAUAUUUUUGUAUUAAAUAAACAAAAGAAAAAAAACUCUACAACUAAUACAACUUCGCACAUCUGAAUUUGAGGUGAAAUAUAAAGCAUUUGAACCGCUGUGAAACAUAUCAGAAGCUUCACAGUUCACAUUCAUGAUUUUCUGUUUUUCUAGAUGUAUUUUUAUAUAUGAGUGUUUGUUCUCUGAGUGUAAAAUCUUGCUUGUAAAUUGUAUAAAAGUAUUUUUUAAUCAAUAAAAUAUAUAAGAAUUGGA